CUUCUACUACAGACUCGUGCGAGCUUCCCUAUCAGCGAAUUCGUAGACUUUUGGGAAUCGGAAGCCUUUCUACGCCAUGGCUGAGACUGUUGUCCUCAAAGUUGCCAUGUCUUGCCAAGGUUGCGUUGGUGCUGUGAACAGAGUUUUGUCAAAGAUGGAAGGAGUGGACUCAUUUGAGAUUGAACUUAAGGAACAGAAAGUGACUGUGAAGGGUAACGUGAAGCCUGAUGCAGUGCUGCAAACUGUAUCCAAAACAGGAAAGAAAACAACUUUCUGGGAAGAAGAAACCAAGGAACCCUCUCCUGCUAUAGCUAAUGCUACUGCCACUGAAUGAUUCGGUAUCAGCAAAUCGUCCCAUUAUCAAAUACUUCUCCUUAAUGACUUUGAUCUAAAUGUUAUUGUGUUAUGUGUACACUUAUUGCUAGUGAUUCCAUCCUGGACUUCCUAGCAGUAUUUUUAAUCUAUACUUGUCAUCAUAUCUAACUUUAUGCUUUUGUUUGGCUUCUCUUUUAAAGCAGUCAUGUUACUGUUUGAGAAAUAAAAUGGAGCUUAUUUGC